UCCUCCCCGCGGCGCCCGGGAGCCGGGGCCCGGAUCGGGGACGUGGCUGGGAGGAGUCUGGCGGCUCCGGGUUCCGGGCCGGCCGCGGCCAUGGCGGAGCCCACGGUGUGCUCCUUCCUCACCAAGGUGCUGUGCGCCAACGGCGGCCGCAUGUUGCUGCAGGACCUGCGCGGCCACGUGGAGCUGUCCGAGGCCAGGCUGCGGGACGUGCUGCGCCAGGCCGGGCCCGAGCGCUUCCUGCUGCAGGAGGUGCAGGAGACCGAGGGCCCCCGCGCCGAGGCCCAGGCCCAGGCCCAGGCCCAGGCGGAGCGCGCCCCGGGCGGCGCGGGCGGCGCGGGGGGCGCGGGGGGCGCGGGCGGCGGCGGGCCGCGCGCCUGGCGGGUGGUGGCCGUGUCCUCCGCGCGCCUCUGCGCCCGCUACCAGCGCGGCGACUGCCAGGCCUGCGACCAGCUGCACCUCUGCCGCCGCCACAUGCUGGGCAAGUGCCCGAACCGCGACUGCUGGUCUACCUGCACCCUUUCCCAUGACAUCCACACACCUGUCAACAUGCAAGUACUGAAAAACCAUGGGCUUUUUGGCCUCAAUGAGGCCCAGCUACGGAUCCUGCUUUUACAGAAUGACCCGUGCCUUUUACCAGAGGUCUGUUUACUGUACAACAAAGGUGAAGCACUCUAUGGCUACUGCAACCUCAAGGACAAAUGCAACAAGUUCCAUGUGUGCAAAUCCUUCGUCAGAGGGGAGUGCAGACUUCCGAAAUGCAAACGGUCCCAUCAACUCACUCAUGCUUCAGCCCUGACACUGCUGCAGGACCAAGGACUGAAUAUUCCAAGUGUCAUUAAUUUUCAGAUCAUCUCCACCUACAAGCACAUGAAGCUGCACAAGAUGCUUGAAAAUCAAGAUAAUUCAGCUUCUUCUGCUGAGUAUGCACAGGGCCUUGAGAAACAAGGAGUACAUGUAGCUGGCACUGCAGAAGCCAGUCCUCUGGCUUCUGUCCCUGCUCAGUCAGCCAAGAAGCCACACACAGGUAAACCGUAAAGAAUGUCCGUGAAAUAUGAAGCUCGUCCAAUUGGAAGAUCUGAAAACAAAGCUUCUGUUGUGCUUGAUUUGUAAGUUCAUUCAUUUAAUCACUUUUCAAUAAUGGUCAUUGUACUACCUACCUCACAAGUUGUUGUAAAAAUUAAAGAAGACGGAGAAGGGGAAAACAUCAGGUUGGAAGGAUAACACUGGGGAUGGGUGGUUGGGGACGUGGUUGGACACUGAGCCGGUGGUGAGGGGAGAACGUGAGUGUGGCUGGGGCUCAGUCCAGGGCAAACUCUGAAGAUGGCACAGUCUGCCUGUAGUUCCUGGCAGCUUCUCCCAGGCUGGUGGGAGUUCUGAAGAGCAGGGUUCUGCUGACUUGCUCUGUGACCCAGCCGGGGUUUUCUAGACGCCCACAUAUAUGAUUUACCUAGUGGUAGUCAGAGACUAUGUACACUUUGUACUCUUGCUUUUUCUUAAUGUUUCAUAAGCAUCUUUCCCUGUCCACAUUUUAUCACAGAUAAUCCUUUUUAUGCACAGAUACACUAAUAUAUAAUCAUUUACUUAAUGACUUCCCUCAUUCUGGGAUGUUUCAAUUCUUUCUAACAAAUUUUGAACAGAACUCUUUUCUUAAAAUCCUCAUGAUAUUGAAUUUUAAAAUGUAUUCCUUUGCCUAGCCCGUCGGUGCUAAACGAUAACGUCUUUUGAUUCGCAUUUCCUUAAAUAUGUGCAAGUGAAUGUUUUUCUGUGUGCGUGCUUUCUGUAUGUCUUUUUCUGUGUGCAGUUUGUGCCUGCCCUUCAAAUCCUGGGGCCUCCUCUGUGCUGAUGUGGGAUGGCCUUUAAAUAGGUUCCUUAAUUUUCAUAAAAGGAUACCAGUUGUACCAUGCUCACGUGAUAUCCAGCUCUCGUGGAUCCAUCCUCUGGAUCCAUCCUCAGCCAGCACCACAGAGUUUCUAACUUUUGCGUGCUCACCAAAGAUUUCUACCUCACUGUGUCUACUCUGCAUGUCUUACUCAGUUUUUCACCAAAGCCCCAUCGCUCUAGUAUCGUUCAUCCAUUCCUCAUCCAUUCCUCAAAGUCGUCUCCAUUCUUUCUGUGGAUCGAGAGGGACCCUCAGAAACCUAUAUACCUUGCCCAUUUCAGGUUUCCUCUCCCUGUCCCCACCACAUGGCUUCCUUCAUCCAGUUACACUUAGAUGUUUGGUUCUUUGUUUUCAUCAGAGUCCCACAGAGAAGCAGUGUGAUGAAAUCUUUUUCUGCGUUUGCUGUUGUGAUAUCCCCAAAUGUUGGUGUGUAAAGUGUUGUGUUUUUUGUUUUUGUUUUUUUUAAUUUUAACUUUGCUGCAAGAGCACAUUUGGGAAAGAGGGACAAGGUAGUGAGUUUUUCAUAAAGCUGAAUUACUUUAGUUUAGAACAAUGUUUUAUCAUGAAACACUGUCUUUUCUACUGGGGGAGGUGUGCAAAAAUAUCCUUUUUUUUUUUUUUUUUUUAAUAUCCUUUUCAAAGUGAGAAAUCGCUGUGUUUUCUCCUAAUGGACAGUAAGAGCCCUGCAGCUUCAGUGAAUCUUUUCACUUUGUUUGUCCAAAGUGGUUGUCUUUCUGAAAACCCUUAUGUUCUGCAUAACUUGUUUUCUUUUUCCUUGUUCUGAUAUCUCCUGGUGCUAAUUUUUUUAAGAAUUAUUUUUACGGGAUCCCUGGGUGGCGCAGUGAUUUAGCGCCUGCCUUUGGCCCAGGGCGCGAUCCUGGCGACCCGGGAUCGAGUCCCACAUCGGGCUCCUGGUGCAUGGAGCCUGCUUCUCCCUCUGCCUAUGUCUCUGCCUCUCUCUCUCUCUCUCUCUCUCUCUCUCUGUGUGUGACUAUCAUAAAUAAAUAAAAAUUAAAAAAAAAAGAAUUAUUUUUACAUUUUAUUAUUAUUUUCAUUUUAUCCUUUUACUAUGUGUAUUUUUGCUAUAAGCCAUCUUUAAUUCUUAACAGAAGCAAUGUAGGGUAUAAAUGUAUAUCCUAUACAUGAAGAGACUUGGUGGACUUUUUCAGUAUUGUGUCUUUCUGAGAUAUGCUUAUAUACGCAUAAAAAAUGACUCUGUAAUCUUUGUUACAAUAUUUUAUUCAAUUCUAUAAUAUUCCAAAUAAAGCUUAGUUCCGUUAGUAUUCAUUCUGUAAAAAUAUUUUAUAUAAUCCUACUUGACCCUCAUUUUCAUCUCAUGAUACAGCUGUGGGAAAGUUAUCACAUUAAAAUUGGGGAUGAAUUUUCCUUGGUCAUCUAUCAAGGCUUCUGAGGUGAAGCGGCACAUCGAUAGACUCCACAGAUCCAGCAUAUCCUAAGUUAAAUGAUUAACUUUCCUACAGACUCAUUUUGCCUUUGGUUUCUUUAUUUUGGUGUGUUACCACCUACUGACUUAAACCAAAGCCCUGCAAAUUGCCCCAUACUCUUCUUUCGCCGGUUCCUGAUGUCAAACUGGUGACCCAAUGUUGGAGAUUAAUUUCCCUUCUAACAUCUCAAAUUUUGAUCCUUUUCUGCCUCUUUCUUUACAUCCCUGACACACUGCCCUCUUUCUAACCCUCAGCACCUCUUGCAUUAUUGCACAGAUGGUGGAUUCAGCGGCUUCCCAGUCAUGUCUCAUGAGAGUAUUUUUAUAGCAGGUGCUAGGUGGCCCCCUGCUCUCCUUCAGUGACGACAGUCCCAUUAAAAAGAUCUUUUUUUAUAAAAUAGGCUUUUACGGAUUUCAUUGAUCUCCUUACCCCCCCCCCUGUGCCUGGCCAAUCUUUUGAAAUGCAGACAUAAUCACAUUGCUUUGUUUUGCCAUAACUUCAUUGGUCCCCGUUAUGCAAUGUAGGAGUCAUAAACUCAGAUGCCUUCUUAGAUGGAGAAAGGUGAGCUAAGUGGAUGAUGUGAGCUGGAUAUAAGAGAAAUGGGGGGAAAGAGGAAGUGUCCUAGCAAGUUGUCCCACCAGCUACUUAAAUCGGUAGCUCUGGGGGUCCCUCCUGCCUCUUGUGCCCAUGUGGGGAUGUGGGCCCAUUUUGUCAUGGUGUCCAAUCAGUUGAAAGAAGCUCGAUCCAGAUUUUAUGAUACAUUUUCAGAUUUUGAAAUACUGGCUUAGAUUGAGUUUUAGAAAUGCAGAACAAUAAUAGUGUAUGUCCUGAACUACUUGCAAUUUUUGGAAUGUGCUGUUUUAUUUUAUGACUCUCUGUGUUUAUAAAUGACGUUCCCAUUAAGUGCCACUCUCUCCCUCUUCCUGCCUCAAAAUCUGGCAAAAUCAGAUUCUUUAAAAUGCUAGAUUAGUCUUUUCUGACCCCAUGAAAGGCGGUUCACUUAGCAUUCUCAAAGUUCUAGCAUAGCACUUACUUUGCCCUGCUUUCUACUUUUCUUCCCUAACUUUGAGCAAAAGCAAAACCAUUAUUUCUUCUUUUGGACAUUUUUUUUGCCAUAUAAUGAAUCAAAUUGUGUUGUGAAUCCAUCAGUAUCAUAUUGGUCUUUAUUGUUCUUUUUUCUCCCCACAUAAUAUAUUUUUCAUUUUCAAGAAGUCUUUUUCCCUUAAGGAAUAUGUUAUUUAAGGUAAAUAUUUUUUUGGUGCUUCAAUUUGAAUCAUCUAGGGCUAAAAUUAAUUGUUUAAGACUUAUGAUACUAAUCUUUCUGUCAAAAAAUUAAGGCUCUUCAUUGCUAAUGGGUCCCUUGGUUUCUUUCAUUAUAAAUUUGUUCUUUAUAUAUAUAUAUAUAUAUACCUCAUUACAUUGAUCUUUUUUUCUUAGCUAAAGACAUCUGUAUUGCUACUCAGUAUGGGAAUCUCUAGAAUGCUAUUGGUUUUUAAAAUAUUUGACUUUUGUUGAAUUAUCUUUGUUCUAACAAUGUUAGAUGGCCUUUUUUCCUUCUAAAUAUAAAAUAAUGGCUACAAAAAGAUCUGUCUUAUGUAUUUGUUUUGUGUUAAAUAAAAUUGUGGCUAGAAAAUAUAUUUUUUGAUAUUUCAUCAUUAAAUAUGAAGUUAAUUAUUGUUUUAAACAAAUGUUCUCUAAUACAGGAAAUUACAUUUAUUGUUAGAAGCUUUUAGUAAGAAUUGGUAUCUUUUGUAUAAUCACAUAAUUUUUAUCAUUUAAAUCAAUAUUAUAUUACUGGCGUUACUAUAUUAACACAUUCUUAAAUUUUGAGUAACUCUCCUUGAUUAUGGCAUAUGCUCUUUCA